AUGGCUGCUCCCGCUCCUGAUGCAGAAGGUCGUGUUGGUGCUCGUAUCGAAAACUACACCAAAUUCUGGUCGAAGGACUUGUCCCAGGAGAAGGAAGCUCACACGGACAACAGGGUCGAAGGAUAUACAGACGUUGUAAACGGGUACUACGACGCCGUCACUCAAAUUUAUGAAUACGCAUGGUCCCAGUCGUUCCACUUCUCAAGAUUUUAUAAGGGCGAAAGUUUCGCAGCGUCACUUGCACGUCAUGAGCACUACCUCGCUGCUCAGAUGAAUUUGAAGCCUGGUAUGCGCGUUCUCGACGUCGGAUGUGGUGUCGGUGGACCCGCCCGCGAAAUUGCCCGUUUCGCCGAUGUUAACAUUGUGGGCCUCAAUAACAACGACUACCAAAUCUCCAAAGCACGUAAGCACACCAAAAAUGCCGGCCUGGAAGAGCGGGUUACUUUCGUCAAAGGAGAUUUCAUGAAGCUGGCGGAACAGUUUGGAGAGAACUCGUUCGAUGCUGUCUAUGCUAUCGAGGCGACGGUACAUGCUCCUACAUGGGAAGGUGUGUAUGGUGAAAUAAUGAAAGUAUUAAAGCCUGGAGGAAUUUUCGGUGUCUAUGAAUGGUGUAUGACCGAUGCCUGGGACCCUUCGAUACCUUCCCACAAGGAGCUGGCCCAUGGUAUCGAGAUCGGUAAUGGCAUUCCUGAGAUGCGACCACUUCGCCUUGCACGCCAAGCUAUGAAGACCGUUGGAUUUGAGAUUCUCCACGAAGAGGACCUCGCUGAGCGUCCGGACCCCGUCACGUGGUACUACCCUCUGGAGGGUGAUUUCCAGAAGGCACAAACAUUCUGGGAUUUGAUACUUGUGUGGAGAACGAGUGCGAGCGGCAAGUUCGUCAGCCAUAAUGGUCUGCGCUUGUUGGAGUUCCUCCGUAUCAUUCCUAAGGGAACGUGGGAGGUGUGCGAGGAGCUCAAGGUGGCUGGUGACUCUUUAGUCAAAGGUGGACAGACGAAGCUUUUCACACCGAUGUACCUCGCAAUAUGCAAAAAGCCUAAUUAG